AUGGGAGUCAGCUGCUGUAAAGAGGAUGCCAUCGACUUUAAUUCAGAGAUUGAGCUUUCACAUUUUCAUCUCCUUCGAUCAGUAGGGAAAGGAUCAUUCGGUAAAGUUCGAGUGGUCCAACAUAAGCGAACAAAGAAAAUCUAUGCGCUAAAAUAUAUCAACAAGGCCAAAUGUAUUCGUAUGCGUGCAGUUGAAAACAUCAUUCAGGAACGUCGACUCUUGGAAGAGAUUGAAUACCCAUUGAUCUGUAAUCUGAGAUAUGCAUUCCAGGACGAUGAGAAUUUGUUCAUGGUCCUGGAUUUGAUGUUGGGAGGAGAUUUGAGGUUUCAUCUCGAGAGAACGGGACCCAUGAGAGAAGAUGUCGUUCGAUUCUAUAUUGCAGAAAUAGCCUUGGCACUCGAUGCACUACACACACAGAAUAUCAUUCAUCGAGAUCUAAAGCCAGAUAAUGUCCUGCUGGACGAACGUGGGCACGCCCAUUUGACAGAUUUCAACAUUGCGGUCCGUUUUAAUCCAGCGAGGCCAUUGGGUUCAAUAGCAGGAAGCAUGGCUUAUAUGGCGCCCGAGAUGCUAUUACGGAAGGGAUAUCUUGAGUCUGUAGAUUGGUGGAGUUUAGGUGUUGUCAUGUUUGAGCUGCUCUUUGGAAAGCGGCCAUUUAGAGGCAAGAAUAAUGACCUAUUGACCAACUCAAUAUUGUAUGACCCUCUGCCAAUACCAGAGAAUGCCGCUGUGGUUAUCAGCCGAAGCUGUUUAGAUGUCCUCUCUAAGCUCUGCGAGCGAGAUGUUAGUAAACGCAUGGGAUGCACAUCUGAAGGGAUAAAUGGGUUAAAGGAGCACCCUUGGUUCCAAGGAAUUGAAUGGAAUGAACUAAUAACAAAGGAAGCCAUCCCGCCAUUCCAGCCAAAUAUGAAGCACGCUAAUUUCGACGCGACGCAUGAGCUGGAAGAACUACUAAUGGAGGACAACCCGCUCAAGGCCAAGAAGAGGGCCCAAACGGGGCCAGAGACGGAACUUCCGAUAGAGAUGCAGAUGAUGGAGGAUCAAUUCCUUGUGUAUGACUAUACCAAAGUUCAACGAAGGUCGACAUCUAUUGAAUAA